AUGUCAUUCAACUCACUUAUCCUUCUCAUUGCCUUGUUCGCUGUCUUCACAAAUGCUCAAACAUCAAGCCGUCCUGUUGAGAUUGCCGCUGAAUCGAACAAUGCCACAAACAUCGAAUUGACAACAGAAACAACAAUCGAAGUUGAAGUCAACAAGACUGAAGUUUCGAACACAACUGAAGCUGAAAUUGCAACUGAAGCUGUCAACAACCCAACCACACAAGCUGCCACGAAUCAAGACACAACUGAAACUAUCAACGACAACAUCACAAUUGCUGCUGCUACUGAUGCUGCCGCUGCCACAACUGAAAUCAUCGAAACAACACAAAUCAACACAGCAUCUGAAGAACCAGCGCAAGAAGAAACACCAAGAACAAUUGCGAAAAGUGGAGAUCAUGAAGCGCCAACUUCUUCUGGAAUGACAACUAACUUCGCAUCAAUCACUACCAUUUUGAUUGCUGUUUUCAUGGCAUAA